CGAAUUUGGUUUCAGUUAAUUUUAAUCUGUUUUAUUUCCCAAAUUAUUCUUACAUUUUAAGUAAUCUUUCCAUGCAGAGAUAGCAGCAUGGCUAUGGCGGCGAUAGUCCCCCGCAUGAAUCUGAGUGCUGCGUCACUCUCAACUCAACCUCCCACCUUUCAGAGUGCCAACAAAAGCUCAAUUAUCGGAAUCCCAAAAACGGGCGGUGGACAAGAAGAGGCUCUUUUAUCCCUGACCAAUAAAUCAAGCUCCUUCAGCAGCACAGGUGACAGGUCCUUAGAUUACGUCUAUUCGUUGGCUCUUGAUCAUUGUGCUGCUCACAAUUCCCUAUCCCUCGGUAAGGAGAUUCAUGGCCGCAUAGUAAAGAACAGUAGGGCGUGUGAUUUGGCGUUCCUGGGUACUAAACUUCUCUACAUGUAUGGAAAAUGCGGGUCACUGUUUCAUGCCGAGAAGCUGUUUGAUGAAAUGCCUGUGAAGACUAUUUUCACUUACAAUGCUAUGCUUGGCUCAUAUAUUUCGAACGAGAUGCCUGGCAAAGCUAUUGAGUUGUAUUCAGAUAUGCGGUCCUCGGAUUUUCCUGUCGAUGCUCAUACUUGUAGUUGCGUGCUGAAGGCAUGCGCUGAAGUUCAAGAUAUGUCGUGUGGAUCAGAGAUUCAUGGGUAUGCAGUAAAACUCGGUCUUGUUUGCAAUGAGGUUGUUGUAAAUACCCUUGUUAAUAUGUAUGCCAGGUGCCAUAGUAUAUAUGCUGCGGAAUUGUUGUUCGAUGGGAGUGGGAAAGGAGAUGUGGUGUUGUUUAAUUUGAUGAUCUCCAUGUAUGCUAGCAAUGGGAUGAGCAAAGAGGCGAUGAAUGUUUUAGUAGAUGUGCAGAACAAUGGCGUCGUACCGACGACGUAUACUUUUGUUGCUGCUCUUCAAGCCUGUGAGGCUGAGAGGCUGUGGUAUGGAAGGCAAGUCCAUGCUCUUAUUUUGAAAUAUGGCCUCAGUUUCGAUAGAUAUGUAGCGAAUGCUUUCGUUGUUUUGUAUGCAAAAUGCGGCAGGAUUGAUGAAGCUGCAAGAGUUUUUGACGAUAUUGGUGAUAGGGAUGGUAUUUCUUGGAAUUCCAUGCUUGAUGCUUAUGUGCAGAAUGGCCUUUACCACGACGCGCUUGAUUUCUUUCGUGGGAUGACAAUAUCUGGUCAGCAACCCGACAAUGUCUCGGUUAUUACUGCUCUUCUAGCCUGUGGCAGAUCAGGAAAUCUUCAGAAUGGAAUGGAGAUUCAUGCCUUCGCUGUGAAAAAUGGUAUGGAGUUGGAUCUUCAAGUGGGAAACACAAUUGUCGACAUGUAUGGGAAGUGUUCCAAGCCAAUUUUGAUGGAAUCUGCAUUCAGAAGAAUGCCAGAAAAGGAUUUCAUCUCCUGGGCAACGGUCAUAGCUGGCUAUGUAUCGAAAUAUUCUUAUGUGAAGGCCUUGGAAACGUUUAGGGAGGCGCAAGCGAAAGGGCUCGACAUCGAUGUAAUGAUGAUUCAAAGUGUACUCCUUGCUUGUCAUGGGCUGAAAUGCAGUUUAAUAGCUAAGGAGAUCCAUGGUUACAUAGUGAGAAGGCAAUUAUCUGAUGUUGCCCUGCUGAACACUUUCGUAAAUGUAUAUGGAGAAUGCAGAGAAGUGAACUAUGCAAGACAUGUCUUCGAGCUAAUUGAUCUUAAAAGUGUCGUAUCCUGGACGAGCAUAAUAGCUUGCUAUGUCCACAAUGGUCUUGCAGAUGAGGCUCUCAGACUUUGCUUUCUUAUGGCUAGAUCGGGUGUUGAAUUCGACGCCGUCGCAGUCUUGAGCAUUAUAUCAGCUGCUGCAAAUUUAUCUGCUCUAAGGAAAGGUAAAGAGGUCCAUGGUUUUCUGGUUAGAAGGUGUUUUCAUUUAGAAAAAUUUAUCGCAAGCUCGCUCGUCGAUAUGUAUGCAAGCUGCGGAGCUGUUGAUGACUCCUACAAAGUAUUUAGUUACACCAAAGAUAGAGAUUUAGUUCUAUGGACGAGUAUGAUUGAUGCCUAUGGAAUGCAUGGACACGGGACAAUGGCGAUUAAAUUGUUUAGAGAAAUGGAGAAUGAGAAUCUCGUUCCGGAUCACAUUACGUUCUUGGCACUUCUCUACGCAUGCAGCCAUUCAGCAUUGGUUGAAGAAGGCAAGAGAUAUUUUUAUGCUAUGCAAUGUAGAUACAACUUGGAACCAUGGCCGGAGCACUAUGCUUGUUUGGUCGAUCUUCUAAGCCGUGCAAAUUGUUUAGAAGAAGCGUUUGAGCUUGUUGAAGCAAUGGAGGAACCUACACCGGCUGUGUGGUGUGCUCUCCUCGGUGCUUGUAGAACUCACUCUAACAUGGAAAUAGGAGAAGUGGCUGCAAGAAAACUCCUUGAAAUGGAACCUGAGAAUCCAGGAAACUAUGUGCUCAUUUCCAACUUAUACGCCGCAGCAGAGCGAUGGGAAGAUGCCGAAAAAGUAAGGGUGAUGAUGAGAGUUAAGGGAUUGAGAAAGGAUCCUGGCUGUAGUUGGAUUGAAGUUGGGAAUGAGGUGCAUACAUUUACAACACAAGAUAGGUCUCAUCCACGGCGCGGUGAAAUAUACGAAGAACUCAAUUAUAUUACCAAGAAAUUAGGCCAAGUUGGAGGUUAUAAAGCUCAAACUAUUUUUGUGUUACAUAAUGUGGAGGAGGCAGAGAAAGUUGAGAUGCUUCAUGGCCAUAGUGAAAGGCUUGCUUUGGCCUAUGGUCUAAUUAAUACUUCUCCAAGAAUGCCGAUUCGCAUUGCGAAGAACUUAAGAGUAUGCGGCGAUUGCCAUGCAUUCACAAAGCUGUUUUCCAAGGUUUUUGAUAGGGAAGUCAUUGUUAGAGAUGCCAACAGAUUUCAUCAUUUUAGAGAUGGUGUUUGCUCCUGUGGAGAUUUUUGGUGAGUGAUGAACUAAACUGUGUAAGGAAAUUGGUGGACAUAAUAUGAAUAUUCCUUCUUUUGUCUUACAUUCUUAAAAUUCCUUGCUUUUGUUACUCACUUGACUUCACUUCAUGUUGAGAUGCAAGAAUAUGGGUCAAAGAUUGUUUGAGAAAUUUCAAUGGAAGAGGUAUGAAAA